ACAACAUAGUUUUACUUAUCGAUGACAAGGAAUGGGGCAUGGAGCGCCUGGUGCGAGCUCAGCAAGUGGUGGAGCUGCGGCCCUAUGACAUCGAGUCCUGGAGUGUCAUGAUCCGCGAGGCCCAAACGCGGCCAAUCCACGAAGUACGCAGCCUUUACGAGUCGCUAGUUAAUGUGUUCCCGACAACCGCUCGGUACUGGAAGCUAUACAUUGAGAUGGAGAUGCGCUGCCGGUACUACGAACGCGUAGAGAAACUUUUCCAACGCUGCCUAGUCAAGAUUUUAAACAUCGACCUAUGGAAGCUCUAUCUUACCUACGUGAAGGAAACCAAGUCGGGUCUAAGCACUCACAAAGAAAAAAUGGCCCAGGCUUAUGAUUUUGCACUGGAGAAAAUCGGCAUGGAUCUACACUCGUUCAGCAUCUGGCAGGAUUACAUAUACUUUCUGCGGGGCGUUGAAGCAGUGGGCAACUAUGCUGAGAACCAGAAGAUCACAGCAGUGCGCCGCGUAUAUCAAAAGGCGGUAGUCACACCUAUCGUGGGCAUCGAGCAGUUGUGGAAGGACUAUAUCGCAUUCGAGCAAAACAUAAACCCUAUUAUAUCAGAGAAGAUGAGUCUGGAGCGAUCUAAGGAUUACAUGAACGCCCGUCGUGUUGCCAAAGAGUUGGAAUACCACACAAAGGGUCUCAAUCGCAACCUGCCAGCCGUCCCGCCCACACUCACAAAGGAGGAGGUGAAGCAAGUGGAGCUGUGGAAGCGCUUUAUCACGUAUGAGAAGUCUAAUCCGUUGCGCACUGAAGAUACGGCCCUAGUCACCCGUCGCGUCAUGUUCGCCACAGAGCAAUGUUUGCUGGUGCUCACCCACCACCCGGCAGUGUGGCACCAGGCUUCCCAAUUCCUGGACACCAGUGCUCGCGUGCUCACCGAGAAAGGCGACGUCCAGGCGGCCAAGAUUUUUGCGGACGAGUGCGCUAAUAUACUGGAGCGGUCUAUAAACGGCGUGCUAAACCGAAAUGCGUUGCUAUAUUUUGCCUAUGCGGACUUUGAAGAAGGACGGCUAAAGUACGAGAAGGUGCACUCCAUGUACAACAAGCUGUUACAGUUGCCAGACAUUGAUCCCACAUUGGUCUAUGUUCAGUACAUGAAGUUCGCCCGUCGUGCUGAGGGGAUCAAGUCGGCCCGUAGCAUUUUUAAGAAAGCUCGAGAGGACGUAAGGUCGCGCUAUCACAUUUUCGUGGCCGCUGCUUUGAUGGAGUACUAUUGCUCAAAGGACAAAGAAAUUGCGUUCCGCAUCUUCGAGCUGGGAUUGAAGCGUUUUGGUGGCAGUCCAGAGUAUGUGAUGUGCUACAUUGACUACCUGUCCCAUCUAAACGAGGACAAUAAUACGCGCGUCCUGUUUGAACGGGUACUUAGUUCAGGUGGUUUGUCGCCGCACAAGAGUGUUGAGGUCUGGAAUCGCUUCCUCGAGUUCGAGUCUAAUAUUGGGGAUCUCUCCAGCAUCGUUAAGGUCGAACGUCGCCGUAGUGCCGUUUUCGAGAACCUUAAAGAGUAUGAGGGCAAGGAGACCGCCCAGCUGGUUGACCGCUACAAAUUUCUGGACCUUUACCCCUGCACCAGCACCGAGCUCAAGUCAAUAGGAUAUGCUGAGAAUGUGGGCAUUAUACUGAACAAGGUGGGUGGUGGAGCUCAAAGCCAGAACACCGGAGAGGUCGAGACAGAUAGCGAGGCAACGCCACCGCUGCCACGUCCAGAUUUCUCCCAGAUGAUUCCAUUUAAGCCGCGUCCAUGUGCUCAUCCUGGUGCCCAUCCACUUGCAGGUGGUGUAUUUCCGCAACCGCCAGCUCUGGCCGCUUUGUGCGCCACCCUGCCUCCACCGAACUCCUUCCGUGGACCGUUCGUUAGCGUAGAGCUACUAUUCGAUAUCUUCAUGCGUCUCAAUCUUCCGGACUCCGCACCGCAACCGAAUGGAGACAACGAAUUGUCGCCUAAGAUCUUCGAUCUGGCUAAGUCGGUUCACUGGAUCGUGGACACAAGCACGUAUACGGGGGUGCAGCACAGUGUUACGGCCAUUCCACCGCGCCGGCGACGACUGCUGCCUGGAGGCGAUGAUAGUGACGACGAGCUGCAGACCGCUGUGCCGCCCUCCCACGAUAUAUAUCGCCUGCGGCAGCUAAAGCGUUUCGCCAAGUCUAAUUAAGGAACGUUAAAAAACAUAUUUUCACUUUUUUCUUUCAAUUUAUGUAUUUACAAGAAAUCCAAUAAAGCAAACCACAUUAA